UCUCCUUUCACUUGCCGUUCAACCUUCCACUUGUCAGCAGCUCAGAGACUGUACAAGCAGACGUGGUGAGUGAGGAGAGUGAAACUUUUCUUUACAACGGCAAUCUGGUCCCCAGGAUUUUUAUCUCCUCAAGGCACUGACCAUGUCUGAGAGUAUUGUCAGGAAGAUACAGCCCUUCACAAUUGGGACUAAACUGUCAGUUCCCGCCGUGCCAAAAUGCCAAGAGUUCUCCGAGACUUAUUUGGAAUGCCAGAACCUUGAUAACUGCACACUGCAGCAGAACCUGAACUCGCUCUACCUCAGCCGACAGCAGGUCUGCGCACAUGGACCCUGCCUGGUUGCGCCCACCGACCAGCGGGUAGCCCCCGGGAAACACAAACAGGAAGACAUGAUCGCAGAAGACCACCUGAACCAGAACCUCGCGCCUUCUUCUGCUGUUUCGAGAGCCAUCAAAAAGAUCACAAUUUCUGGGAGUGAGAAAAGCCCAGAGAACACCAUUUCUGUGGGACUAAGACAGCGAUCCAUUUUGGGAAGCACAUCCAAAAACCACAACAACAAUAACAACAUCAGCGCUACAUGUGAUUGCAGCCUUCCGAGGAUCGUUGGGGUCGAUUGUGACAAUAAACCUCACUCUCAGUUCAAGGUUUUAUUGAAAACAAGCAAUGGCGGGGAUUAUCCGGCAAUACAGGGGCAAACCAAACCAAAACUAUAUCGACAAAAGUCCAUCCAACAGUGCUCUGUUACAGCACACCCUUCAGAGGCAGUGCUCACUGGAAAACAUGAGGUCAGGGAAGAUGUUAACAAAAGAAAAGACAUUGUAAAGUCCACAUGGAGGCCGGAGAAAGACCCUCAAAAAUGUCAGCAUCACCCACAGAGUGAAGCCCCGACCAAUGUCACAUUCAAGAGUGAUUGCUAUAGUCAGCACACAUCUCUCUUCAAGAAGAAAGUACUGCAGGCUCAGACGUGGAGCAAAAGCAAACUGCAAGACGACUCGAAAAUUCAGGGCUGCCCCCUGCAGGACUGGGAUGAAGCCUCACAGAUACUUCAGCGAGAUCUUAAAGAUUUUGACAACACUCUAAUUCAACUUAAUCAGACAGGUGAUCAGCUGAUCUGCAAACUGAAUCCCACCUCUGACCUUGUGAAGAAUCAGCUCAGCCAGUUGAAAGAUCAAUGGAACAUUCUGAAACAGACAGCUGCCACUCAGUCCAGGGUCUUGGGAGGAUCCAAAAACCUGCAGGAGUUCAACAAAAAGGUGGACAAACUUGAGACAUGGAUUAAAGAGAAGGAAGAGGAACAGUCUCUUGUUAAUGUCCUGGGUGCAAACGUUGACAAAAUGCAGCUAACCAGAAGAAUUUUAGAUUUAAAACAGGACGAACAGCUGUAUAGAACCCUCCAUGAAGAGAUCAAUCACAUGGCUUUAAAACUGGAGAAACAAGGGAAGUCUGAUAGUAAAAGCAUCUCCAGCAGGAGAAAAAAUAUCAAUAAAAUGUGGUUGAAGGUGCAGUCUCAUCUGAAAAAACACAAAGACAAUCUUCAUCUUGCAUUGGAAGUGUCCUCAUUUUACCAGCAGGCUGACAAUACGUUGUUUGCCAUUAAUAACAUGAUGAAAAGCAUAUUUGCCUCAAAAGAGCCAGGCCUCUUCGGAGACAGAGAAAUACGUGACAUUGCCAGUCAAAUCAUGAUGUUAGAUGUCAGUGUGUCCCAGCUUUCAAAUCUCCACCCUGCCUUGGCUGCCGGUGUAACACAGAAGCAGAGUGAGGUGAAGGACUGCUGGGUUUCUCUUCAGAAGGUUUUCAGGAGUGACCGGACAGCCCUCCCCCCCACAGGCUCCACAUUCACCAGGGAAGAUGCUGACCCCUUGACACCAACCCUAGAACUCCAAUGCAAUAUGGGAACAGAGACUCAAACGAGCAUGGGAAAGCUGGGUAGAGCAAGGCAGAGUCACACGGAAGACUAUACGGGUACAUCUGAAUGUUGCGGGAGCACUAAGCAAAGCCAGGCGCAGCAAAGUGUGAACCACACCUCUUUACCCAUGAGAGAUGGGCCUGAUGAUGUCAUCAUCAGUCAUCAUUCAGGGAGGGAAAGAGAGCCUAGAGUUGAAACCAAGCAAGCCACUGCCCUGAGAGGCCACCCACAGCUUCAUAUUCAGCUCCAGAAGUUCACUGUGUCAGCUGACAAGACUUUGUCCUGGCUGAAGGAAAAUGUUUCUAUGGCCACACAAGUGUGCUCUAUAGCCACAUGCGAGGGACUAGAGGAGGCCAGGAGGUGCCAACAUGCAGUGCAACAAGAAAUCCUCACCAACAAAGUCAGGAUAGAGGUGGUCAAAAGAGAGGGCUAUGGGUUGGUCCGCGCUCAGCAUCCAGGCAGCACCAGGAUAGAACAGUUCCUUGGCCAGCUGGAGAUGCUUUGGGAAGAACUGCAGAGGAGGCACCAGAGGAAUGCUGUAUUCCUGCAGGCCUCGGAAGACAUGGGCGUGAGGGUUUUUAAAGUACGACAGAGACUUGGAAGCCGAGAGACCGGGCUGGAGUCGACGGAGAUUUCCAUGAAGGAGUCCUGUGACCCUGAAACCACGUCAAUUAAAGAACGAGAGAGUGGUCGGCUAGUGAAAGAAGUAGCCAUUCGUGGCCUCGAGCUGGAUACGCUCAGACAAGAGGUGGAGCGUCUCCAUGGCCGCAGUCACCUACAUGCACAUGGCUUGCGUAUGGAAGAGAUGGACAGAAAAUAUCAACGUGUUCAAAACGCCCUGACUCAGCAGAGUUCGGAGCAAAUGCUGACUGAGUUUUUGGAGCAUUUGGAGCUUGAGGAGAGUCAAGAGCUUGACAGCAGUCAAUAUUGCUUCAAUCAGCCUCUCCUCAGUAAGCGUUCAUCAAUUCCUGACUUGCUGGGACUUCAAAGCAGCGGUGAGGCUGAUCUGAGCAUGGGCGACCAUGUGGAGGAACGAGAAGAAACGGUGGCGAUACUAAAUGACACAGUGGGAGAAAGAGGACCAUCACAGAGUCACGAGCAAUCCAUACAAGAGCUUCUGAGCCAGCAAGCCAGACUGGCUGUGUGCUUGGAGGAGUGCCUCUGCGGCUGCAAUGAGCUUAACCUGGAGAUCCUUGAGAAGGAGACAGAUCUGGCUGUCCAAUGUGAGCCAGAUAACUGUGACUUUGAGACUCUGCAGGAGAGGAACACCCACCUUGAGAUUGACUAUGAAGUUCUUACUGAUGAAGUCAAGGAGAUGGAGAGCCAGGCUUGUCGCUUGAAGGAGCUCUGCCCAGAAAGAGUACUUUGGACCAAGAUUCGGGCAACACUGAAGGUCUGGACGGAGCUGGGGAAAAGUAUGGUGGAGCUCAAAUCACGUCUGCAAGAAUUCUUGCAUCUCCAAGACUUCUUCAGGAGCUACCUCGCAAUAAUCUCAUGGACAGAGGACACCCGGUCAUGCAUUUUCUCCGAUACCUUGCAUUUGAGGGAAGAUGGACAAAGCCUGCAGUCCGCAGAGCUCGAUAUACAAAUUGAGCAGAAGUUUAAAGAGUUUGACCAGCUGGCAGCAUCUGGGAGAAACAUUUUAGACAAAGAACACCAUCUCACUCAGAUGGUAGGAGAGCGGAUAGAAGAACUGCGGAGUAUGCUUGGGUGGAUUUCUGUGCACUGGAUAGCAAAGAAACAAGAGUGGAAUGACAAAAAGAGUAUGCAGGAGUCCCCAAUAGAUAACAUUUACUCCGAGGCCACGUUGUGCUCCCCAUCAGAGUCAACAAAUUCUUACAAAUUCUGCCAGUCUCUGAAUAUCAUCUCAGACGAAAGCAAAUCCAAGGCGAGAGAAGACAGCCAGAGCUCAGAAAGGUUUGCUGGACAUGCACGACAACCAAAAGAGAAGCAGUUAGAAGAUGAUUAUGAGGUCAUGAAAAGUAUAACUCAACGAUCAGAGUCUCCCACACCGGCCGUCACGGUCAUUAAGGAGCCCAGCAGUUCCUCUUUAGGGAGCAUGGUCAACCUCAUUCUCAGCUUUGGUAACACAGGGGACAGCCAGGUGCAGGUGGACGAUCGACCUGUUUGGAUUGAUGAUGUCGAAGAAACUUCGGAGGCUCUCCACAGGCCCAGUGCGCCUGCCUGUAAAAAAUUCUGGAAGCGCUGCCAGGGGCUUUUGGAAAAUACUUUGGGUAGUUUAAAGCGAAAGAAAAAGAUUUAUCGGCAGAGUGCAAACGAGGUGAGUACUUACUUCCAUGUCAAGGAUAACAACUCAGCUGUGGCCCCGGUGUACGAAAGUAUCUCUCUCCCGCGUCAAAAGAGCCGCUUGACAUCCUCGGCCUCCUCUAGUGCCUCGCCAUCCUCCUUUUCACCACCUUCCACAGCGCAAGCACCUCAGACUAGCGUAUCCUUCCACCCUUUGAAUGGAAGACAUAUCAACAACUCCAUAUUCUGCAGCCUUAAGCGAAUGGGCCAGAAGAGGAAGAGAAAGCACGACACUCGCAGGCAUACCAUCCAGAAAGUCAUGGGUGUCGACCAGGAAGCAGAUGAGCCCCUUUAUGCCGGUGAGACGGUCACUUAUGACACGCGUACCUGGCCACUCAAAGACGGUCGAAGGAAGAAAAGCUCGCCACAGUGCGGGGAUGGAAUUGACUCUAUGGAAGGCAUAAAGAAUCCGCCACUGAGAGAGUUCGAGUGUACUGGAGAGGACGCUAUUACUCCAUAUGCUGUUUCAGAGGGACCGGUCCCCUCCACCCAAGGGGCAGGCCGCUGCAGAUUUCUUUCCUUGGGCUCUGUGUUGAGCUUCGACUUGACAAAGGACAUGACUCUCAUCCCUAGCAUUCAGGAAAUCAUAACUAUAGCUCCUCCAGAAUCCAAUAAGGUUUCCCGGAAUGAUCCAGAUCCGAACCUCCAACGGCACACAGAAUUAAGUUCAUUCAAACAAAUCCGAUCGUCGCCAGGCAACGCUGCUAGCAGAGCCGCAAUCAGCUCUGGGACACAGAUGUCUACAGAGGUUGUGAAAGACUUGCCUGAUAAUGACGGCUAUUUCCACACACCUCCUCCAGAAAAAGAAGAGGCUCGGUUGGCAUCUUGUUCGUCCAAAAGGCAGUUCAACCUGCAGGGUGAUGCCGAGCAGGAAAAGGAUGAAAAGUCACCAGGACUCAAAACUGUCGAGGAUGACACCUGCAAGUUUUCCCAACCUCCUAUUUAUGUGAAUCAAGCGACUUUAGCCAUAGGCCCUGCGGCUCCUAAACACCAGUGCCCAAAUGUCCGUACACUUAUUCGGGACCUCAAUGGACACAAGUACCAUAAAAGUGCAAUCACACGAGGUGUACAUGAUGAGAAGCCAGGACAGUGUCCACACCAAGCUUCUCAUAUGAUUGUCAAUGUCAAAUCGACUAUCAAUGUUCGUCAAGACUCGGUAGACUCGGGUAUCUCCAGCUCCAGCAGCAUCAAACUUCAUCCUGAUGCAUCUUGUCCAGAUAAUCUCCAGAUUACCGGAAUGGUUGGGAGGCUCUUGUCCCUUCAAGUAGGACGCGUUGAUCACAUGAAGAUGACAGAAAAUGUGGGCGCUUCAAAACCCAAAGAAGAUCCACAACAAGACCAUGUCCACCUGGACCAUCAACAGUUUGAGGAGGAAGAAGAAGAGCUGGAAGGCAUCUGGAAUCAAACUAGCAAUUUGAGGCAGAGUAUCUGUUCAGAUAUCAUGUACCAGCCUCGACAAGACGAGCCCAUCUCAUCGGAUCAGCCGAGUGAGCCCACUCCCAGCUCAUGCACCAGCAAACUGCCCGCUAAUCUCUAUCGAAACCUGGCCACGGUUUCAGAACCCAACCUCUUUGUGGCUGACUUCAGGCUGCCGUCUAACAUCCAGAGCCUCCUGGGUGGCAGCAAGGAGCUGAGUUUCCAGGGCCCGCCGCAAACUGUAAGAGACAGAAGGUCCUGGGCAGCUUUUCCAAAUAGGGAUCAAAUUGACAAGACCUUAGUGGUUGUGAACGAAACAGCUGCAGAUCAGUUGAAACUUCCAGAUGUUGGUGACAGUCAGAAAUAUGUCUACCAAUACAGAGAGGAGGAAGAUGAGGAAGAGUCAAAAGAUGGGAAGGAGAUUGGCGAACACACAGCUAGUUCAAAGCGUCAGUCAAACGGUUUCUGUUACCAAAACGAGGAUGCUCCAAACUUUGAACCCAUGGAUAUGCAGGACGCGUCAACGGCCACAAGAGGGCGCUGCGCUACCCUAAAUGAAAAUCCUGAUCAGCAAUCAAUGGAGGGAACUCUCGAGAGGAAGCAAAAGCUUCAACUUGGAGGAAAGAAAGCUGCCUCCAGAGGCUGGAAUUCAUACCAUACGGUCUUAUAUCGUCACACCUUAUGCUUCUAUCAGGAUAGAAAGGAAACACUGAGGAGUUCUGCAUGUGGCCUCCCGCUGAACCUCACGGGAGCGGAGUGUUCAUCUGCACCAGAGUACACCAAGAAACCAAACUGCUUCCGUUUGAGGUUACGUGAUGGCUCUGAAUAUCUGUUCAAUGCCUCGUCACGCUUUCUGAUGAAUACAUGGAUGAACAAAAUACAAGCAAUCACAGGUGCAAGUCAGUCUGUGUCUGCGUUAUCAAGCGACCCAGUAGCUCAAGACGUCCCCAUUUCCUUAAGCCCCCCUCUGUGCUCAGCUUGUUAUGGUCUGGCCAAAUGCUACUGCUCCUCCCAGCAUGAUGUCACCUCCACGUUUCCCAGACGGAAAGCCCUGAACCGAGCCAGAGACAUGGUUGUCCUCUCCAGAGAGUUCACGUGCUUGCCGCACAGUCGUAUGGAGGAACAUUCGAGCAUUUCAUCCACACAUGGACACUCCUGCAAUGAUGAUUAUGAUGAUUAUGAUGGCAGCAGCUGUAAGCAGAUGAUGACUCAGGGAGGAAGUGGAGACAACACCUCUUCCUCCCAUCCGUCUCCUCCACACAGCAAUCAGGACUGGCCGAGCAGCAAGUUUCCCUCCCACUCCUUCACUUCUGCAACCUAUCAGAAGAUCAAACCCACGCAGCGGAACUGCGGAGGUCUGGAGAAAGGGUCUAACUACAGUGUGACACUAGUGCUGGGAGACAAGUCAAUGGACAGUGAGACCUGUAGCGUGCCACCGGUGAUGGUAGCCGGAUGGCAGCGGAACGCCUCGCCACCCACGAGCUACACCAGCCAGCCCCGGCCUGGCAACAAAUCAGUCUUUAAGAAGUUCUUUGGCAAAAAGGACGUGUGACUUUGCACCGGUCGCUCUAAUGUGCAGUGCACGUUUUUAUGAGUAUUAUCUACUACUGACUAUAUUUAUAUUCAGAGUUGCUUUCGCAGUUUUAUUUGAAUGUGUGAGAUUUCUGUGUGAUUUUGAUACCGUGUGUGCUAUGUAGUUUAGUUUGCCGCUUGUCUUCAUUUUACAUUUUUUUUGUGUUCUAUGAGGCAGCACGAUAAAUAGUGGAGUUAGCAUUUUUGUGCUUGCCUGGGUUUUCUGCAGGUACUCAGACUUCUUCCCAAAUACCAAAAACAUGCAUUUACGCUUUAAUCCGGGUUGCCUUCGAGGACCACAUGAAUUGCCUGUGGGCCUGUUAAAAAAAAAUAAUUGUUCGCUGAAAAUGGAAACAUUUGCAGAGAUUUGCAUAAAUGGUGAUGCUUAUUGAUGUUACUUACACAUUUAAUUCAAGCUGAUAAUUAUUGUAGAAAAUAAUUAACGUGAUUUAAGUCUUCACAUUUCUUUAAGAAUCAUUAACAACAUAUAAUUUCAGAAGCCUUUCUAAAACUGAUAACUAGACCUUGACCUGGGUAUAUCCCUCCCACACAAACUAAACUGGGAUAGUCUCCAGCUCCCCCAAUGAAGAUAAACGGCAAAGAAAGAAAAUAAACGGAUAUGUUGUUUGUCUUUUAUCAGUGUGUGUACAAAACAGCACUGCGGGAAGUACAUUUUGAAAGAACAUUUGCAUACUAAAGUAAUAACACUUACGUACAAUAUACUAAAGUCAUUACAGUGGUGCCCACAAUUGUUUCCCUCCUGUGUGUUUUGCACUCGUUAAUUUCUUCUUACACUAAAACCUGCAGUUGGAUACUGCUUGUGAUGCUUUGUUACAGCGAAUUUUCAUAAUAAAACAACUUAACAGUAA